AAUGAUGUCUCAACUCCGUUCUUGCUCGUCCUUCUGGCUUCUUGUGCUCAUGUGCUUCUCUCAUUCCCUGGAGAUGGCCAACAGUUUACAGCAAAGUUUCAAGAGUGACCUCCUCAAUUUCUAUCACACAGUUAUUCUCGCCGAUGGCAAGGAGACCACAAUUCACCUCCUAAAGGAUAUACCUAAAAGGUACUAUUUUGUUUUGGAGGAAGGCAGAACUUCUUCACCUUUCACCGUGACAGUGACCCCCUGUGAUGUCCCCAUUGAGUGGAGUUUAUGGAUCCAUAAGAUGUCGCCGAACUACCUUGGAAAAUCAGCACGUGGUGGUUAUAACAGUCAAGAUGCCCUAAAGUUUCAGAAGACCACAGAAACGGAAUCUACUCUUUUUAGUUACAAGGGUAAUUCUGUGGAGACCUACAUGGGGAUGUCUUACUAUUCCACCAUCUACAUGCUUGAAUUCUUAUCCACGGAAAGAGACACCCAUAUUACAGUGUACCUAACGACAGACACAACUUCUGACCACCUGUAUCCGGAACUCCCUGCAGAUCCACGCAUAGACGUCAUUGGCGUCGACCAUGCCACAGUCACUCUAGCUUGGAAACACAGUCCCACUGUGCUGCAGUACCGAGAACAUGUCCAGUAUUGUCUCCUAAUGAAUGAAAAGCACAACUACAAGAGUUUGUGUGCAGCGGAGACAGCGAUAAGGUCCUCUGGUAUGAAAUCCCCACCAGCAUUAGCCCUGUCUCUGUCUCCGUAUUCCCCGAACCCUCAACAAGUGAUGAUAUUGUCCAACGGUGAAUUAAGCAUCAUCAGCAAAGCUAGCGGCGGGGAGGUGAGGCAAAUAUGCGUGGGCACCAAGAACACCUACAUGGUGCCCAACCUGACUCCCAGCACCCAGUAUUAUUUCGAUGUCUUUGUGGUCAACUUUCUCACCAAUGCCAGCGCUGCCUAUACUGGAACCUUUGCCAGGACUCUGGAAGAACCAGAACCCAAAAUCACUGCGUUGAAAGAUGGGAAGAUGGUUCAUCUCAUCCUGGAUGGCAGAAAACAAAAACUCUACAGCUUGCAGUACCAGGCUAGGCACAAGGAAGUCCAGUUUGCCUUUCAGUCUUGCAGUGGCCAAGUUCGAGUUGAAAUAUCCAGGGACAGGAAAGUCCUGAUGUCGGAAAGCUUUGCUGGAUUGAGGCAUUUCACGCUGAAGGGAAGGGUGGGAGAUAUCUACUUGAUGAAUCUGGGGUCCACCGAACCUUCCAAUGCAUCUGUGAAAGUUCAGGUUUCUUCUCUCUUCCACAAACCUUUCUUCCCAGUUCUCCCAGAAAGCUUAAAGAUCAAGUCUUUCAGCAAACUGCGGACCUGCGACUCGGUCACUAUCGCCUGGCUCGGUACACAGCAAAUGAGCAAAUAUUGCAUCUACAAGAAACAGAUCGAGGAGGACCAAGUUUGGAUGGAAACGAGGAAUGCGGACAGGUGCUUGGGACCGGAAUCCAGGCCCAAAAGCCACAAAGUGUUGUGCAAAUACUUCCAUGAUCUCAAUCUACGGCGAGCGGUAACCACAGAAACCAUCCGGGGACUUAAGGCAGGAACUGUCUACUUGUUCGAUGUUUAUCUCAUUGGCUCCUCUGGAAUUCCGGUCAGGUAUUAUAGCAGAGUGGUAAAGACACGGAAGAAAUGUUGAGGGUCCUCCCAAAAAGGAAGGGCAAGGUGGAAGGACUUUCAUGGCAUAAGCAGCAUUUAUGGCCUGUAUCCUUCGAAAUGUUCUAGGUCAGAGAAGAAUAUUGAAGUGACAGGAUUGGAGAGGAAGGGAUCUUAGCCUAGAAAAGUAGACUUUCUCCUGUGACCUUUUCCUUCUAAUUUUGCAUUGCUUAUUUGGAGCUAUACUGAAAGCACUUUAUAGUAGAACCUCUGCCGUCAGAAUCAAAGCCGUCGUCUCGAUACCUGCAGGAUAUCAAAAGAGGGAAAAAUAAUUUAGAUGACAAGCGCAUAUUUAUAAGAUGCCACUUCAAAGAACAUUCAACAGGGUUUUUUUCUUCCCUGUUGCAUAUCCCAGUUAAUAUCGUCAAGCUCUGAAAGAAAUACUACUAGACUUCAAAAGUGACCCACUAAACUUUGCCUUGCUACUCCAGAGUUGGGUACUCAGUGCGGAUGAACAAUUACAACAACUGCUACUCUUUUCUUAU